AACCAAUGCUUGAACCUAUAAUCAAAAAUAUAGUUAGUCGAAUGACAUAUAUAACAUUCAAAGCCUCACGACUUACUAAUCUUUAUGUUCUUUAUUUUCUUAAUACGAAUCAAUCUAUUUCUAACUUGGAUUACAACCACUUUAUGCGAUUGCCUUUUCAAGCCGUUCUAAAAGAAAAAACAUCCAAUAUUCCUAAGAAUACCAUAGAUAUAAUAUUAAAUAAUGUUUGUGAUAACUUAUAUGCUCCUUUGCAUCCUGCAAAUCUUAUGUGGAAUGAUGAAAGUGAUCUAGGACAAAUAAUUAGUUCAAUAGCACGAUUAUAUGCUAUUAACUCUCAAAAUCACGUCAUU